AAAAAAAGCAGGCGAGCAGCGAUGAUGAUGACGGGAGUGUGCUCUGCUGCGUGAGAUGACGAGGGGACACGCUGCCUGGCUCACAUUGGGUGCGCACAGGCAGUGCAGCCCCGGCUUUAACGUUCAUUUACCUCUCGCACCGUGUUCCAAGCCAACAACUUACAAGCUACAACCUGUCACGUCUCAGCCCCUCUCUCAGCGACGUUUCCUUUUUACCUCCUCCACGCUGCCAAGAUGCUCGCCUUGGGGAAAUGUGUGUUUGCAACUGUGCUCGUUGCGGCUGUGGCCCUGACUGUGGCCAACGCUGCUCCUCUGCAAGCACGGCUCUCACGCAACGAUGAGCCCGCCUUCUGCCGCAGCCUGGAUUGCCCACGUUUCACGGUCGUCAACCGCACGGACACGUAUGAGGUCCGCCACUACAGCGCGUCCCAGUGGGCACGCACCCAAGUUGAGAGCGCAAACUACACCACCGCCACCGCCAUUGGUUUCCAGCGCCUGUUCAGCUACAUCUCUGGUGCAAACGUUGAUGUGAAGCACAUUCCCAUGACCGCACCCGUCACGGUUCAAGUGUACCCUGGCUCUGGCCCAUACUGCAAGUCCACGUUCACCGUCAGCUUCAUGGUGCCGUUCGCCUUCCAGCCAAACCCACCCAAGCCCGCAUCGAAGGACGUGUACAUUGAGUCUGAGCCCGCGCACACCACCUAUGUCACCAGCUUUCCUGGAUUUGCCAAGGAGAAGGACGACAUCGGUCACGCCGAAGCCCUCGCCCAGGCGCUGACGAAGGACAACAUCGCCUUCAACUCAACGGUGUACUACACUGCCGGCUACGACAGCCCCUACCAGCUGUUCAACCGCCACAACGAGGUGUGGUUCUACGCCCCGGGUGCAACCCAGGAGUAA